UUUUAUCCAUUCUUGAUUUGACAGCACAUAAAAUCAUACCUCUAUGACUUAAAAAUAAAAAGAAGAAAAAGAAACGCACCUCUAUGUAUCAUAACUGAUUGAAAAAGAUAAUGUAAAUUAUUCACAUAACAAUGGCAUCUACAAAGAGACUGGUGCAGUGUUUGUUGAACAGAGUUUGUAGAGAAACUAGGAGGAGUUAUGGUGCCCUUCCUGAAGGAACCACUUCUUCCUCUUCUCAACAACUUAUUGGCUUGGAAUAUGAUUUCAGUGCCCACAAUUAUCAUCCAGUUCCCAUUGUAUUCUCCCGAGCAAAGGGAUCUUCUAUAUGGGAUCCUGAAGGCAACAAAUACCUAGAUUUUCUUUCAGCGUACUCAGCCGUUAAUCAGGGACAUUGUCAUCCUAAGAUAAUGAAAGCGUUAAAAGACCAGGCAGAAAAGCUUACUUUGAGCUCUAGAGCCUUCUACAAUGAUAGAUUCCCACUAUUUGCAGAGCGCCUAACAAGCAUGUUUGGCUAUGAUAUGGUGCUACCAAUGAACACUGGUGCUGAAGGUGUGGAAACAGCUUUGAAGUUGGCUAGGAAAUGGGGAUAUGAGAAGAAGAAAAUUACUAAAGAUGAGGCCAUUAUUGUCUCUUGUUGUGGCUGCUUCCAUGGCCGUACAAUAGCUGUCAUCUCUAUGAGCUGUGACAAUGAAGCAACUCGGGGGUUUGGGCCAUUGUUGCCUGGUCAUUUUAAAGUCGAUUUUGGCGAUGAAGUUGCUCUUGAGAAAAUCUUUAAAGAAAGAGGAGAUCGAAUAGCUGGAUUUCUUUUUGAACCCAUCCAAGGCGAGGCAGGGGUUGUAAUUCCCCCAGAUGGUUACCUAAAAGCUGUCAGAGACCUUUGUACAAAAUAUAACGUCUUAAUGAUUGCUGAUGAAAUUCAAACUGGCUUAGCACGAACUGGAAAAAUGCUGGCCUGUGAUUGGGAACAAGUUCGCCCUGAUGUAGUUAUACUAGGAAAAGCAUUGGGUGGUGGAGUAAUACCCGUAAGUGCUGUGCUCGCAGACAAAGAUGUAAUGCUUUGCAUUCAACCUGGAGAGCAUGGAAGCACUUUUGGGGGUAAUCCUUUGGCCAGUGCUGUUGCUGUUGCCUCAUUAGAUGUGGUCAUUGAUGAGGGGCUUGCUGAGAGAUCUGCCCAAUUGGGGGAGGAGCUCAGGGAUCAGCUACUUAAGGUUCAGCAGCAAUUUCCGGACUACAUUAAAGAAGUUCGAGGAAGAGGUCUAUUCAAUGCUGUGGAGUUUGACAGCAAAGCUUUGUCUCCCAUUUCUGCAUAUGAUAUUUGUCUGAAGUUGAAGGAGAGAGGAAUUCUUGCUAAGCCCACACAUGAUACAAUUGUUCGGUUAACUCCUCCACUCUCCAUGAGUUUGGAUGAGCUCCAGGAGGGCUCAAAGGCACUGCGUGAAGUUCUGGAAUUUGAUUUACCCAAUUUGCUGAAAGACAAACCGGAAAAGGCUUCCUCAGCUGCUUCUACAAGUUGUGACCGUUGUGGGCGAAAUUUCAUGGUUCGAGGAUCAGGUACCUGUCGAGCUGCACGUGGAAGGUAAUGUGAAUGGGCGAAACAUGGGAUGGUGGUAAUUAACAUUUUCUUGGGAUUGGGAUAGGAUCCAAUCUGAUAACAUCGUCUGCUUCAUCUACAUAAUCAUGCUAUAAACAAAUAAAUAAAAUUAAUGAAUAUUAUGUAUAUGCAUAUGUAUAUAUGGACGUAGAGGAGGGGUGCGUGCAUGUGAAUGUGAAUGUGAAUGUGCAUGUACAUGUACAUGUACGUAAGGGCAUGGCUCAGUUUGGUAGUGUCUCUCUUCUGCGCUGGUCACAUAGCACAUGUAUGAUUGUGUUCGUGUUUAUCAGUAGGAAACUGACAAGGACGUGUGUGUGUGCGCUCGCACCGUGCGCACAGCACAUGUAAGUAGGUUAAGAGGAGGUGUGAUUUGUGGGAUAAAUGAAAUGAGUUACGUGGUUCUGGUUUUAUUUUGGAAAGCAUAAAACAAGAUGGUUCUUGGGUUCAUAUCACUUGAUGAAUGCUAUUUUUAUUUACAUAAAAUUCCAUCUUUAUUCUUUA